CCCAUAGCACUGUCCACCAUCGAAACAUCGGUUGCCAUGAGCUCGACACACCAAUCUGUUCAGAUCCCCAGCCCCGAAGCCGGGGUGCAGCUCGCAGGCGUGCGCAUCUCGCCGGAGCCGAGGCCGGCCACACCAUCUCCACUGGUCAUCCUCGCCCACGGAGUCACGUGCACAAAGGACUAUGGCAUCCAGGUCUAUGCCGAGGCAUUUGCAUCGGCAGGCUACGAGACACUGCUGUUCGACUACCGGGGCUGGGGCGAGUCGCAAGGCACCAAGCACAGGGUCUCGUUCAAAGAACAGCAGGACGACAUUCGCAGCGUGGUCCGGUGGGCCCGGCAACAGCCCGACGUGGACAGCAAGCGAAUCGUCCUUUGGGGAUCCUCCUUGGGCGCGGGCCAUUGCCUCGCCGUUGCUGCCAAGGACCCGCCGUCCUCCUACGCAGCCGUCAUCUGUCUCAAUCCCUACACGAGCGGCUACGCCACGCUGCUGCGCGCGCUCACGCCCUGGGCAAUGGCGUACUCGGUCGUUGCGCUGAUCGACGGCGCAGGCUCACUCCUCGGCACCAAGCCCAUCAUCUGUCGCUUCACUCAGCAUUGCGAUCCAGAGACGGGCGCCAAGAGGAAGUUCAGCAGAGGUGUGCUGAUCACCGGCAAGGUUCCCCAGGGCUUUUGGCGCGUCAGUGGGGGCGCCUACUUCCCACAUUCGAACCACGCGCAGGCCCGCAACCUGCUCCAGCUGCUGAACUCGGAAGUCUGGCUCAGUGCAUCAAAGGUCACCGCCCCCAUCCUCUUCACGCCCAUCAAGGGCAAGGACGAGCUGUGUCCGCCGUGGACCGCGGCACGUGCGGCAAAGCGUGCGCCCAGGGGAGAGUACCAGGGGCUGGGCGACCGCCAGUCGAAUCACUUUAGCGUCUACCAGCCAGGCCUGGACACAAACUGCGCCGAACAGGGCGUGGCCGUGCACCUCGACUUCCUCAAGCGGACCGUGCCCGUGUGA